AUGCGUCCUCUGGUGGUUCCGGGAGUGACCGGAAGAGGAAGAGGGACACCGCCGAGGAGGGUAAAACCUCAAAAGGUAGGCCAAAGUGUUCUAAGUGCAGGAGGCGUCAUGGAGGCGAAUGCUGGAAGGCUAUGGGAGCUUGUACUCGGUGUGGCAAGAUGGAUCAUUCAGCUCGGGACUGUCCAGGGCCGCAGGCAGGGCUCAAGUGGGGGUGAUACCAGGGGAUGUCACCUAUGUCCAAAGCUCCAAGCGGAACAAGAGAAGGGCCGCGGUGAGGCAAGCAAACCAAGCCAGAGCCAGGGCCAGACCUCUAACCCAAGGGUUUACGAGCUAUCCAAGGAUGAGGACGAGACUAAACCAUUCAAGUCGAUCACUGGGACCCUAAGUAUUGGUGGUGUGGAAACACACGUUCUGUUUGACACUGGAGCUACACAUAGCUUUGUGAGUCCAGGGUUGAUCGGAAAGGGUUUGUUCCAAAUUGGAAUGAGGGAUGAUCCGUGCAUAGUAUAUGCAGCCGGUGGCCAAGCGAUGCAUUCCUUGGGACUGCUUAGGGACGUCCCAGUGAUGAUCCAGGACAGGGUAAUGCAUGUGGAUCUGGUGGUAGUCCCCCUUAAAAAUCACGAGGUGAUAUUGGGUAUGGACUGGCUUGGAAAGAAUCGGGCCACCUUGGAUUGUCACCGGGGGAGGGUGCAGUUCGAGAGUGGGUGUGGACCCCCGAUCAGGUUCCAAGGUAUUAAGCCGGCCUCAAGUUGCUUAGUGGUAUCAGCAGUCCAAGCAGAACGGAUGCUUGAGAAAGGUUGUGAGGCUUAUUUGGCCACAAUCACCACUAAGGAGGUCGUUGGGGGUGGUGACCCAGAAGGGAUACCGCUGGUCAGGACGGCCCCAUUGUCUAAAAGUCCCUAUCGAAUGGCUCCUGCCGAAAUGGCCGAGCUAAAGAAACAACUGGAGGAGUUGUUGGACAAAGGGUUCAUACGCCCAAGUAUCUCGCCUUGGGGAGCACCAGUCCUGUUUGUGAAGAAAAAGGAUGGUAGUUUCAGGCUGUGCAUUGAUUACCGAGGGUUGAAUAGGGUGACUGUGAAGAACAAGAAGACGGCAUUCCGGACCCGGUAUGGUCACUACGAGUUUGUGGUUAUGCCAUUUGGUCUAACCAAUGCUCCAGCUGCGUUCAUGAAGAUGAUGAAUGGUAUCUUCCGAGACUUUCUGAAUGAAUUUGUAAUCAUUUUCAUAGAUGACAUACUUGUAUAUUCCAGAAGCAAGGAAGACCAUGAGAGGCAUCUGAGGGCGGUGUUGGAACGGCUAAGAGAGCAGAAACUCUUUGUUAAGUUAAGCAAGUGCAGCUUCUGGCAGAAGAGCAUUGGCUUCCUUGGACACAUUGUGUCAGAUCAAGGAGUGUCUGUGGAUCCGGAAAAGAUAUAG